AUGGCAGUUGCCAACGGAUAUGGCAACGGUAAGAGCAAAAUACAUACCAGGCAACAGUGCCGGAGCCGCUUCGUCAAGAAGGAUGGCCACUGCAACGUUCAGUUCAUCAACGUCAGUGAGAAGGGACAGCGUUACUUAUCUGACAUCUUCACAACCUGCGUGGAUAUUCGUUGGCGAUGGAUGCUGGUCAUCUUUUGCUUAGCCUUUGUCCUGUCUUGGCUUUUCUUUGGCUGUGUCUUCUGGUUGAUCGCUUUACUCCACAAUGACUUGGGCGCCGGAGAUAAUCACAAAUCUUGUGUGACUGAGGUCAGAAGCUUCACUGCAGCUUUCUUGUUCUCCAUCGAAACGCAGACAACUAUCGGCUAUGGCUUCCGAUGUGUCACAGAUGAGUGCCCAGUGGCUGUUUUCAUGGUGGUGUUCCAGUCUAUCGUGGGCUGCAUAAUUGACGCCUUCAUCAUAGGCGCUGUUAUGGCUAAGAUGGCCAAACCAAAAAAGAGAAAUGAGACUUUGGUUUUUAGCGACACUGCAGUCAUAGCCAUGAGAGAUGGAAAGCUGUGCUUGAUGUGGAGAGUGGGCAACCUCCGCAAGAGCCAUCUCGUAGAAGCUCACGUACGAGCUCAGCUGCUGAAGUCUCGCAUCACGUCCGAAGGGGAGUACAUCCCGCUGGAUCAAAUAGAUAUUAACGUUGGCUUCGAUAGUGGCAUAGACAGAAUCUUCUUAGUUUCACCCAUUACAAUAGUUCAUGAAAUCGAUGAAGACAGUCCCCUAUACGAUCUUAGCAAACAGGACCUAGAGAACUCUGACUUUGAAAUUGUGGUGAUUCUGGAGGGUAUGGUGGAGGCCACAGCAAUGACCACGCAAUGUCGGAGCUCCUACCUUGCUAAUGAAAUCUACUGGGGCCAUCGAUAUGAGCCCGUUCUCUUUGAAGAAAAGAGUUACUACAAAGUUGACUACUCCAGGUUCCACAAAACAUAUGAAGUGCCCAACACGCCGGUAUGUAGUGCCAGGGACUUGGCUGAAAAGAAAUAUAUCCUUUCCAAUGCGAACACUUUUUGCUACGAGAACGAAGUGUCACUCACAAGCAGAGAGGAAGAAGGCAGCGACAACGGCCUGCCCGAUAGCAUGAGCACGGACAUGCAUCCCGAAAUGGACAAUCACAACCAAGUUUCUCUUGAUCCUAGACCCCUAAGGCGAGAAUCUGAAAUAUGA